GUCAAGAGGUGGGGCAGAAGAUUUUGAGCUAGGGUACCGCUCAGAGAUAAUUCAUUUCUGCCUUCCGUCUUACAGCCUCUCACACACCCGAGGGAUCAGGAUUGGAAAGGCUGACUUCUCCCACCUUGUUGUUGGGUCAGCUUUCUCUUCCUGCGUCGCUGCAUGGCACAGAUACAGACAUGAGCAAUCAAGAAGUGACUUAUUCCUCCUUGAGAUUUCUUCAGGCUCCUUCACAGUCACAAAAUCGAUUGAGGCCUGGCAGUACUCAAAGGCCUGGGAAAGAUGAUGACAAAGAGUUUUCAGUGCCCUGGCAUCUCUUGGUAGUGACUCUUGGGAUCCUCUGUUUACUUCUUUUGGUGACGGUCAUAGUGUUGGGGACAAACAUUUUUAAGCGUAUUCAAGAAAAACCUCAACAGGAGGAAAUUCCACAAAACUUCAGUCAAAAGUACAACAUUAUACAAAAGGACAAUUACCUAAAGGAGCAACUUUUGACAAAUAAGACUCUAGAAUAUGACAUUCUCAAAAAUGAAAAUCUUCAGCUGAAGAAGGACCUGGAGUCACUCUCUAAAGCAAAGAUGAGCUGCCAUCGAAAACAGGGGAUCUUUUCAAAGUCUCUGCAAAAUACAGGCAAACUAAAUGAAGACCGCUGGUCCUGUUGUGGAGUAAACUGCUAUUAUUUUACCACUAAAAAGGAAAGCUGGACAGGAUGUCAAAAGACUUGCCAAUGUUACAAUUUAUCUCUUUUGAAGAUAGAUGAUAAAGAUGAACUGGACUUUGUUCAACCCCAGACUUAUGGAGAUAGCUACUGGAUUGGAUUCUCAUACAAUGAAAAGGAAAGUAAGUGGAAAUGGAUCGACAAUGGCACGUCUCCUGGAACUAACUCUGCAAUAAUGAGUUUGCUUCCUGAGAGAGAAGGAAAAUGUGCAUUUUUAACCUCAACAAGAAUAGCAAAUACUGAUUGCUCUGCCCCCUAUAAUUGCAUCUGUGAGAAGAGAAUUGAUUGUGUUUUAAAUGCCCCACUUCAACUGACACAGAAGAAAAGCAGGACUUGUUCCAUUGUGUAAAGAGAGAUGAGUUGGAAGAGGAAGAAAAUGCUCUUUUGGACCAUGAUUUAGGAGAUCAGAUGCCAUCUGUCUUCUUGGGGAAAAGGGGAAGAUUUUGUCUUUGGAAAGCAGUUACCCCUCUCUUUAAUGACCCUGCAAAAUUCUCUUUCUCUUUCCCUGAACCAGCCACAGAGCCAAUUAGAGAACUCUGAUAAAGAGACUAGCUAGGUCUUUUCCUCAUAGAUAGGCUAAAUCAUUUCAAUAGCCUCAGGCUUUGAGAGAGAGCACAAUUACGAACUAAAAAGUAGUUUUCCUCCCCCGUGUCCCCCUAAUCUAGAUGCUUACCUCUCAUUAAAAAAAAAUAUUGAUUGAUUUUACUAUAAUUUCAAACUUAUCGAAUAGUUAAAACAAUCAUACAAGGAGCUCUCAUAUAACCUUUAUCCAUAGUUACCAUUUGUUUCUAUUUUGUUUUAGCUGCACUUGGCAGUUCUCUUUCUCUCUCCUCGCUGAUCCAUUUGAUAAUAAAUUGAGGACAUUAUGUCUCUUUGUCUAAAUAUUUUACAAGAACAAGGACUAUGUCUUGUAUAAACAUAGUACAAUUAUCAAAAUCAGGGAAUUUAGCAUUUCUACAGUACUAUGAUUUCAUCUAUAAUCCCUAUUCAAAUUUUGUCAACUGCCCCCACAAUGUCAUUUAUAGGUGUUUCUCCUCCAUGUUCAGGAUCAUGCAAUACAUUUAGUUGUGAUGUCACUUUAGUCUCCUUUAAUCUGGGAUAGUUCUUCGUGAUUUCCUUGUUUUUCUUGACCUUAACAUUUUAAAUAUUAACUUUAUUGAAUUAUGCUUUAAUGCAAUAAAACACAUCUAUUUUAAAUCAUGAGAUCAAUGGGUUUUUAACAAAUGUAUACACCACUUAAAUAUCAACAAAUCAAGACAUAGAACAUUUUCCUCACCUCCAAAACUCUUCUCUGCUCCUCCCCACCCACCCAGUCCCAGGCAAGCAGUGCUAUGUUUUCUGUCACUAUCAAUUAGUUUUGCCUAUUAUAGAAUUUCCUACAUCAUGUGCUCUUUUGUAUCUGGCUUCUUUUUGCUCAGCAUGUUUUUCAAAUUAGUUCAUGUUCUUGCAUGUAUCAUUAGUUCAUUCUUUUUGUUACUGAGUAGCAUUCCGUUGUAAAGAUAUAGCACAAUUUGUUCAUCCACCUAUGGACAUUUGCUGUGUUUCCAGUGUUUGGCUAUUACGAAUAAAACUGCCAUGAACAUUCAUGUGCAAGUCUC